GAGCUGGAAGGCACCGGGGAGCGGGGCGCGGGUGCCCUCCGAGGCCCAGGGGAACGGGCGUCUGCGGCGUCCACGGCGGCGCCGGGCGAACGGGCCGGGGAUGGGGCGCCAAGCCGGACGGGGGCCGGGCCCUCGGCCAUGUUCGCGGGGCUGCAGGACCUGGGCGUGGCCAACGGCGAGGACCUGAAGGAGACUCUGACCAACUGCACGGAGCCGCUCAAGGCCAUUGAGCAGUUUCAGACAGAGAACGGCGUGCUCCUGCCUUCCCUGCAGUCUGCCCUGCCCUUCCUGGACCUGCACGGGACACCCCGAUUGGAGUUCCACCAGUCCGUGUUCGACGAGCUUCGGGACAAGCUGCUGGAGAGAGUGUCUGCCAUCGCCCUGGAGGGGAAGGCUGAGGAAAGGUACAAGAAACUGGAAGAUCUGCUGGAGAAGAGCUUUUCUCUGGUGAAGAUGCCAUCCCUGCAGCCAGUGGUGAUGUGUGUCAUGAAACACUUGCCCAAGGUUCCUGAGAAGAAGCUGAAGCUGGUGAUGGCCGAUAAGGAGCUGUACCGAGCCUGUGCCGUUGAAGUGAAGCGGCAGAUCUGGCAGGACAACCAGGCGUUGUUUGGGGACGAGGUCUCCCCGCUGCUGAAGCAGUAUAUACUGGAGAAGGAGGCGGCGCUCUUCAGCACAGAACUGUCCGUUCUGCAUAACUUCUUCAGUCCCUCACCCAAGAUGAGGCGCCAGGGCCAGGUGGUGCAGAAGCUGGCACAGAUGGUGGGCAAGAACGUGAAGCUAUACGACAUGGUGUUGCAGUUCCUACGCACGCUCUUCCUGCGCACGCGCAACGUGCACUACUGCACGCUGCGGGCCGAGCUGCUCAUGUCACUACACGACCUGGACGUCAGCGACAUCUGCACUGUGGACCCCUGCCACAAGUUCACCUGGUGCCUGGACGCCUGCAUCCGGGAACGCUUCGUGGACAGCAAGCGGGCGCGGGAGCUGCAAGGCUUUCUAGACGGAGUCAAGAAGGGACAAGAGCAAGUUCUGGGGGACCUGUCCAUGAUCUUGUGUGACCCCUUCGCCAUCAACACGCUUUCACUGAGCACCAUCAGACACCUGCAGGAGCUGGUGGGUCAAGAGACACUGCCCAGGGACAGCCCUGACCUACUUUUGCUGCUCCGGCUGCUGUCCCUGGGCCAGGGUGCCUGGGACAUGAUUGACAGCCAGGUCUUCAAGGAGCCCAAGAUGGAAGCGGAACUGGUCACCAGGUUCCUGCCAACACUCAUGUCCUUCCUGGUGGAUGACUACACCUUCAACGUGGACCAGAAGUUCCCUGCUGAAGAGAAAACCCCAGUCACCUAUCCAAGCACACUUCCAGAAAGUUUCACCAAGUUUCUGCAGGAGCAGCGCACGGCCUGUGAGGUGGGGCUCUACUACGUGCUGCACUUGGCCAAACAGAGGAACAGGAGUGCGCUUCUGCGUUUGCUGCCUGGCCUGGUGGAGACCUUCGGGGACCUGGCUUUCGGCGACAUCUUCCUGCACUUGCUCACUGGGAACUUGGCGCUGCUGGCCGAUGAGUUUGCUCUGGAAGACUUCUGUACCAGUCUGUUUGAUGGCUUCCUCCUCACGGCCUCGUCCAGGAAGGAGAACGUGCAGCGGCACGUGCUGCGUCUUCUGCUCCACCUGCACCACCGCGUGGCCCCGGCCAGGCUGGAGGCCAUGCAGCGGGUCCUGGAACCUGCAGGCCAGAGUGGGGAGGCCGUCAAGGAGCUGUAUGAGCAGCUUGGUCAGAAGCUGGAGCAGCUGGACCACCGGAAGCCCAGCCCGGCUCCAGUGGCCGAGACGCCCGCCCUGGAGCUGCCCCUGCCCCCUGGGCCUGCCCUAGCUGUGCACCCUCUGGGGGAGGGGACCUUAGGUGAAGGUGUUCCCGCAGAGGUGUGGAUGCAGGAAGGACAGACAGACUGGGUGGGCGAGGGCACAGAAGGGGCAAGGCCCCUGUCCCGCCAGUCCCUUGUCCCAAGGAGGCUGGCAUUUCCGCUGGCGAGUGGUAGACCCAGCGUCCGGAGCCUGACACAGCAGCAGGCAGACUUCGACACAGGCCGCUGUCGGCGGGUCCCUGGUUCUACCCACCUCCCCUUCUUCCCCUCUCUGUCCAUCCUCUGUGCCCCACUCCCACCCGCGGCAGCCCAGCCGGGGAGCCCUAGGCCGGCUGAUGGGAGGCCCCAGUUUGGGGGCUUGGGCGGAUUGGACUGA